UCUGUUGUUUGACUCAUUCUUUAUGGAAAUUCUUGUAGUUUUUGGAGCAAUAUUAGCAUGGUUAUACUAUUAUUUCACGGCCAAUUUCAACUACUGGAAAAAUAAAGGCGUGCCAUACUUGAAACCAGUGCCAUUUUUUGGAAAUCUUAUUGAAAUAGGACUACAUCGUAAGACCCAAGCUGAAGGUUUCAGAGAACUCUACCGUAAGUUGGAGGGUCAAAUGUUUGGGGGGAUAUUCCAAACACGGAUUCCCAUGAUCAUGUUCAGAGAUCCUGAUCUCAUAAAACAUGUUCUCAUUAAAGAUUUCUCGCAUUUCCAUGAUCGUGGAAUGCCACAUGACGUUGAAAACGAUCCAAUCAGUGCCAAUCUUGUGAUACUUGAAGGACAACCGUGGAAGAAUCUGCGUCUGACAUUGAAUCCAGCGUUCAACUCAAGCAAGAUGAGGAUUCUGUUUCACCUGGUGAAGGAAUGCGCUGAAGAACUUAGCCGAUACCUGGACAGUUUCGCCCAGAAGGGAGAUGAUGUGGAUUUGAGAGACGUGUUAGCCAGGUACGCCACCGACAACAUAAGUUCUUGCGCUUUUGGGGUGAAGAGUAAUUCUCUGAAAAACCCACACUCAAAGUUCAGAGAAAUGGGUGAAAAAAUAAUUGCACCGGGGUCUUGGACUAACAUGCAUCGCCUGUUCCGCUACACAGCUCCGUCUUUGCUCAAGUACUUCAACAUCAAGAGCUUCUCAGAUGAGAUCACCGACUUCUUCGUGGACGUGGUGAAGGAAACACUUGACUACCGCGAAAACAACAAGAUCGAGAGGAAAGAUUUCCUCAACCUGCUGAUACAGCUGAAGAAGAAGGUAGACAUCACCGAAAAUGACGACGAGGAAGACAAAAACGCCGAGGAUGACCUUGAAAAAAUGAACAACGCAUACAACUUCUCUUUUGAAGAGCACGAUGAGGUAACCAACAAGAAGUUUACAAAGAACGGGGCUGUGGUCAUGCAGAAUGGUCAAACGCCGACAGAAAAUGGCCAGGCAACACCCAGGAAGAAAUGGCUGGACAGCGUUGUGUUCGACGAGCACAUGAUCGCAGCCCAGGUGUGUGUGUUCUUCCUGGGGGGCUUCGAGACGGCCGCGACCAGCAUGAGCUUUUGCCUGUAUGAGCUGUCACUGAACCAGGACGUGCAAAGGCGGCUACGUGACGAAAUAGACCACGUGCUCAAGGAACACAAUGGUAAUUUUACGUACAACGCGCUGGAACAGAUGGAAUACCUGGACCACGUCGUUGCCGAGACGCUGAGGAUGUACCCGUCCCUGCCGAACCUGAUAAGGGUGUGUACGAAGCCGUACACCAUUCCCGGAACCAACGUGCUGAUCGACAAAGGUACUCCGGUCAUAAUCCCGAUCUACGCGAUCCACCGCGAUCCAUUGUACUAUUAUGACCCGGACAGAUUUGACCCCGAGCGUUUCACAGAUUACAACAAGGAGAAGAGGCCCGCCUACACGUACCUGCCCUUCGGAGAAGGGCCCCGCAUCUGCAUAGGGCUGAGAUUCGGCUUAAUGCAGGUGAAGAUGGGACUUGCCAUUCUCGUAUCUCGCUUCCAGUUUGAUAUCUGCGAGAAAUCUCAAGUGCCAUUGAUCAUGGACCCGAAGAAGUUUGUCAUGAACACGAUUGGAGGUUUGUGGCUCAAGGUCACUCCCAGGGCACACUGACUGCAGAAAGGACACAUGACUCAACUUUAAUCUCUCUCUUGAAACAAAUUUAUUAGGCAUAUACAAACAUUGACACGUAAGGGCUGGCAGAUCCACAAACACACGGACAACGUUUGAUUUAUUAACCCUUCAGAAUCCAGUGGUACAUACAAACCACCUAUUUUAACAAUAAACAACUCUAAAAUUCCUAUUUAUGGAUUUCCUAUGAUUCGAAAUGUAAACGAUUACUGCCUUAAAAAUCAUUGACAAGUUGGUCUUUGUAAUGCUGCAGAGUAGUGUUCUCUUUGAGGUACGGACUGAACUAUUAAAUAUUAUUUACACGACACGACAAUCGCACUUGAGAUACCAUGCCGUAGAGUUACGAAUUAUUUUCCCUCAUAUUUAGUUAAAUAUCCACCACAUCAAAAAUAUUUCUAAUAAAUUUACACAUUCUACUGACAUUCAAGUUUUAUGCAAUAUAAAAAUAAAUUGUACCAUGAGAAUCUUAUCACGGCGUUAAAUACAACAUCGAUCUAAAAAUCUCGAAUGGAAAGCGCUUAUUCAGCAACUCACGACUGUACGUAAAAUAAUAAUCACUUUACAAAAUGUAAACAGGUCGGAUUCAUACUUCAUGAGGAAGCUGAAUGUAGUCAUAUAAACCAAAUGUUAUAAAAUACCAUGAUACAAAUUAAGUGGUUAUCAUUAGCACCGCAAAGUGUCUCAAUACAAAGCGACUUUAAAAUUGUGUACGUUAAAUAUUAUUUUACUGCAUGGCAAUUAACAUAUACAUCAUCGAUCAGUCGAAUUAAAAUGCUAUCGAGAGACACCUACUAACUUUGCAAUUUCACUUGCGGAAAUUGUUCAUUGUAUAUCUAGAAUGUAAGUUCCAUAUCACCUAACAAUAUUCACCAUCGGUGUCACGACGUCCGUCAGUGUCUAUAACAUGGACACUUCACUAAUGUCACAUUCCAAGAUGGUUGGACCAUUAAUUGGUACAACUGUACUAAAACAACAGGAUGCUACAAUAUAUGGCUAUAACACAACUGAAUGAAAAUAAUGGAAGCGAUGCCUUGAUUUUACUGUUACAUAAAAAUCAUCCAUUCUAAGCUUACCUUGAUCAUAUACAGCAAUGACAGACAAGUCGGCAGGGGUGCAUGUAGCUUCUUGUCAAUACAUAUACCAGUCCGAGUUUGUAAUAUAGAUUAGGCGUUUCACUGUAGUUUGUUAUGAGGUUGUAAGUUCACUAGGAAUAACACAUACCAUAACCCCAUAUUUAAUUAGCACCAUACACAUUUCACCAAAAGCAUUCAAUUAGAAAACACUUGUACACCAAAUCACUUCAAAUCCGCAAGUUACAGGAAACGGAAAGACAAGUCAAGUUUCACCAUCUGCCACCGUGUUUCUUUGGCACUACCUUCUACACCGGAAGUACGUAAUCCCUUGUUAGUUUCCUUGACAUUUGUAAUGGGCUUUAUCGACUGUUCUGUACUUAAUCGAUAGCAAAUAUGGCUAUUCUAAUAACAUAAUGUAAUGAAAUCAUUGGAAUAACAGUAAAUAGUUAUAACGGAAAACUCAAGUCUAGUACGAAAUUUAUGGUGCUUCUACCCGAAAGUUCUUUAUAUCGUGUUCACAAUAGCUAGUUAUGGAAACCUAUCUUGUCCCUUAUAUACGUCAGUAGUGUUACACGGUGCAUCCAACCUCUCAGAGGGGCUGUUACGCCCGACCUCCAAAAAUAAACACUACUUUUCGGAUGUCCGCGACUGUUUUUUUUAAAAAUAAACUCCAAAUUUUAAGGUCACAAUCUGAGGGAGUAAUGCCGUGAUAACAUCCCAUAAUGUCACAGUAAUAACAUUUCGAUUUUAUAUGUCUUUUAAUAAUAAUUCAAGCUCAUCCCACGCUGUCCUUUCAACAACUGGGACUUUUCAGUUUUGGAUUGGUGUUAUACAAGUAUUCUGAAGGCAAGUAGUUUUGUGAAUGUUGCAUUAGGGUUAUUCACGUAUUUACUGCUUCAUGUCUGAAAUAUCAGUAUGAUCUGAAGGUUUCAGGGCAACCACAUAUAAUACAUUUGUCUUGGGCUAUCAGCUGGAGGCCCGAGAAUAAUUUAGAUAAACAUCUCUCCCAAUGAGAAUUUGUAUUUUUAAGAUCUGGCUACCAUGUGAAGCUACAUGUGUCAUUUUCUCCCCUUUUCAACAUUUGUACUGAAGCACAGAAUGAUCAACACUUCUCACGCCUGAUAGUCCACUGACCAAAGGUCAAAGUGGUGCCUCUGUAUGCCUCUCUUUGUAUUCCAUUUUAUCAUGACCUCUGUUAUCAAUACACUGAUUAAAGAUAUCCCUGAUGACAUGCAGCCUUCAACACAUAUCACAUGGAUGACAAUGCUCUGUUUUGCUAGAGUCUCUAAACAUGAAACUGAGGGAUUUGAUGCAAGAAGGAUGUAUUAUCCCAAUUAUGUUAUUCGUUCACCAUUUUAAGUAGCAAGUACCAAGCAGUUUAAUAUAAAAAUAUAAUAAAAAGUGAAUAAAGUGUCUAAAGACUUAAA